AUGUUUCCAGCUUCCUCUUCAACACCACUAGAAUAUUCCCUAUUUUCACCUUCCAAAGCAGCGGAACAGCAACGUCUCGCCAAAGACUGGAAUUACGUACACCAGUUUCUACGCCAAAAAUAUCCUGCUCCGGGAAAGGUACCGAGGUUUGAGGAGAAUGAAGAGACUUUGAGGAUGCUGUUGGCGGUUGCGCCUGCUAAUGAGAGGGCGGAUGAGGGGUGGGGGCAAUUGUGUAGGCUUGAGGAGGGGGCGGUGGGGGAGUUAGAGGAGGAGAGGCAAGAUGAGGUGAGUUCACUUGCUUUUUCUGAUGAUUUGGAGGUGGGAGGAGCCUCAGAUCUCACAUCCCAAGCAACAACAGCAACAAUCCUAAACACAACCACAACCUCUGCCCCAACACUAGCAACCACCCUCCUCACCCUCUCCACCACUCUCUCUUCCAUCCAAAACCAAAUCGUCUCAACUACAUCCCUUCAAUCCUCUCUACUAUUCCAACACUCAACCCUCCAAACAGAACUCAACGACCUGGUUUCUCCAACCUUUCAAACAGAAAAAAACCUACCCCAAAGAACUGCAGAACUCACGCGACAAAUCAAACUUCUGAAAGCUAAAGUCAGCGAAUAUGAUGAGAGGUUGCGAAAUGCUUCUGGUGCAGAGAUACCAGAAGCGUUACUUAGUGAAGUUGAAACUGCAAAGAGGGGGUUGGAAAACUUGGUCAAAAGGGUCAAGGAUGUAGAGGAUAGGAUUGAAGUUUUUGAGGGUGUGCCGCCGGAAGCCAGGGAGGUGAGGAGAAUGAUGCAGGAUUUGAGGGCAGAGUUGGAGGGCUGGGUUAGGAGGAGAGAUGAGAUGUUUGAGGGCUUGGUGGGUAGAAGGUGA